AUUAGGCCUCCCUGUGACUCGCCAAGGAACUCAAAGUUCUUCAGGUCGCAUAAAAGGAAAGGAAGGAAAUGCCAGCCAGAGUAACUGAAGUGAAGUGCAAGCGUUGCCGUAAAGCACUCUUUACUGAAGAAGCAACACCAUUACUGACAGCACAUGGUGAAAUCAGAACUGGACCAAUGCAUGCUCGCUGUGGUACCGGUGCUCCUGAAUAUUGCCUUUACAUAUCCUUGGAUAACAUGCCUGACUGGAUACGUGAAGCUGUAGAUAAAGAUCAUUGGAUAAAGGGAAAACUGCACUGUCCGUACUGUCACAGUCGACUUGGAUCCUUUGAUCUUGUUAAUCAGACUAAGUGUGAUUGUGGAGAAUUUCUACCACCUCCUAUCAGGAUCGUUCACUGUAAAGUUGAUAGAUUGUCCGACACUGGAUCCAAUUUACCUUUUUUACCAUUGCCACGCGCACAUUACGAUCGGCAUAGAGAAAAUUUAGUGAGACCUAUUCGCCUAAUAGCAAUUGAUAGAGCUAAUAAUCCAGUUGAACUGCGUAAUACAGUCCAAAAUGGUAUAGCGGGUCAUCGACCGUAGGCUCACUUUAACAGAACAAAGGAUUUGAACUGCAUAUUUCGGCUUUCGAAUUCCACGCGGUGUUUUCAUAACAAUGUGGGUUUAGUAAAUUAAUGAGGACGACCAUCUUCAUGUCAAGUAUGAGCGAUAUUGUCGCCUUCUCUAAGAAGAAUUUUCAUGGCUGUUUGCGUUAUUUUAUAUUUGACUUAGUCAAAAUAUAUUUAUCAUUAAUUCUCAUUAAGAAAUGUGAACACCACACUCUCGAGAAAUCGUAAAAUAAGAUUAUUUUUCUGAGCUUGACGUAAUUGUUCUUUAAACAUAGUACGAAGUUCACUGUAAAUUCAAAAAGAAAAACAGUGGAUAUACGGAAGAAAGGAAACAAAGCUGGGGAAAUCAUAGAAACUGUAAAUAAAUAUAAUUAUUCAACUUCUUUGUAACAGUGCAACAAUAAAAAACUUUUACGUGAAUUA